GAAAAUAACGUUUUCAAAUUUGUUAUACUUAUUAUUGAAUUCGCUUGUACCUCUUUGGUCAUAUCACAUCGAUUUACAUUACAUCAAGCGCGCCUAAAUUAGGCCGUUGAUAAACUAAAUUUGAAAGGUAAUCUGUUUCUUAUUUUGGUAAGUAUUUUUAUAGACCUAGGAAAAUGUCUUCGGAUUAUGAACAAAUGAGGGAAUCCAACAUUAAGGAAUUCCGCGAAUUGUUUAAAAAGCAAUUUGGAGAGUAUCCGGGCCAAACUACAGUAUCAUCUGUAGCUGCUGAGUUUCAGCCUACUGAUAUAAUCGAUGAGCCUCAGAAACGAAAAAGAAGUUACCAUAGAAAUGUUGUGUUGUCGCCUCAAAGACGUUCAGCAAGAUUACAGGCGAAAGCUGGGUCCAACUGGACAAACACUGGAGCUGAGUAUGCAAAAAUUAGAUACCUGAGGAGAAUGGCUGGUCGUACUAGAAGAGAUCUGGUUAGAAAUCAGCGAAUACAACAGGAGCUGGGAGUUUCAACUGUAAAAGAAGUGGUUGAAAAGAGGCAGCUGAAAUGGUUUGGCCACCUUUGCCAAAUGGAGGAAGAUCGGGAUCCAAGGAAGUACUUCAAAGCUAGGCCAACUGAAAGACGUCCCCGGGGCAGACCUAGGUUAAUGUGGACAGACCACUUCACUAAGCUGGGACAGCAAAGAGGACGUGGGCUAAAUGCCAUGAAGGCGCUGGCCAGAGACCGGGAUGCCACCUUAAAGACAAAGUUAAAGAAGAUCAGAAAAAGUGUAACACCAAGAGUUUCACUUAAGCGGGAAAUAAUACCUCCGGAGGCGGUGAAUGAUGAUGAUCUAGAAAAGAUCUGUUAUAGAUCUGCUGGAAAAGUAUAUGAUUCUAAAAAUGGUUCUACCUGUCACCAAUGCAGGCAGAAAACAGUAGAUGUCAAAUCAAUAUGUCGUAACAAGGAUUGCGUUGGUAUAAGAGGACAAUUUUGCGGCUUUUGUUUACACAAUCGCUAUGGAGAAGAUGUUGCUACUACACUUAAAGAUCCUAAUUGGAGUUGCCCACCAUGUCGAAAUAUCUGCAAUUGUUCAAUCUGUAGAAGGAGGUUAGGCAAAUUACCAACUGGAAUAUUAGUGCCAGAAGCACAAAGUAGGGGCUUCAGUAAUGUUAAGGACUUCCUAGAAACAGUAGAUGAAGACAAAUUGAUCAAAAUGUCAGAUGGAGAUGAAGAAGAAUCAGUUGAAACUGAUCCAUAGUUUGUUUUUUUAUGAUAUUUCAAUAGUAACGACUUUACCUUAAUAUAUUGGUUGUCUCAUGGCUGUUUUUAAAUUUUAUUGUUUCAGCAUUUUUAGCAUUUUGUUAUUCUAUUUUAUUUUUUAUUUGUAACUAUGAUGUUAUAGUUGUAGGAUUUUAUGACUGAUACUGCUUUCAUUGCGUUGGUAUAAUAUAAAAACAAUUCAAAGUUAUAUAAUAACUGCAGUAUUUUGGUUUCUAUGUUCAUUGUAUGUUAAUGGCAUUAGCCCCUUAUGAAACAUUAUGAUUAUAUUAAAUAAAUUUUCAUGAAGAUGAAAACUUGGUGUUGGUUUAUUUUGAAA